CUCAGCGCCUCUUAGCAACCGAAUAGCGCUAGCAUAAUUUGUUUAUUUUCUAGUAAUUUCUCGAUAGUGAACAGUUUUUUCACGGUCGAUUGGAAGAGCAGGGAACAUGGAAGGCCUUCCCAAACUACCCGGAUACGAUUUCGCCAAUCGGUUCCGUCGGAAGCAUCAUGUACCCCAGAGUUUCAAGUACAUCAACGGUUAUCCUGUGCCGGAAAAACCGAUCUGUGGUCUCGGCGGAGAGCAGCUGAACGAGGACUCAAUCUACUACUGCACUGAUGAGAAUGAUUCCGUGCUGUACGAUCCGAUACUCACAUACGGACGCGUCCAAAAGCUUCCGGUCGAUCCCUUCCGGCCACACUUCGUGCUGUUCGACCAGAAAACACUUAAAUUCUACGCGUUUUUCCGGCAGGCGGUUUGCGAAUCGCCACGGGAAACUUUCCGAAUUCGAUACGUGAAUAUAUUGUACUUUCUAGAGGACGACACGAUGACAGUGCUGGAACCGGUGAUCGAGAACUGUGGGUAUCCGCAGGGUCGCUUGGUACGGCGAGGAAAGAUCAGCAAGAACUGCCGGGGGGACACGUACAGUUGGAAAGAUUUAAACAUCGGAAUUGAUUUGGAGAUCCACGGAUACGUGUUCCACAUUACGGAUUGUGAUCCGUUCACGAAGGAGUUUCUCCUGAGCAAUGGGAUUGAACUAAACGAAAUGGAGCUGCCGCCUCCUGAUCCUGCCAUGAACGAACGAUCGAUCAGUGCCCGGCAAAGUUUCAAACACCACAAAAUGUACCCGGUGCAGGAGGAUAAGCUAAGAAAGUAUCUGGAGUACCAAGGAAAAGUACUUCACUUUGACUGUCUUCUCGAUGAACCGGAUCAACCUGGAGGUGAAAAAAUGACAUACAAAUUGUUCUACUUUCUUGAGGACGAUACAGUGUCCAUAAAGGAGCUCAAGGAGAAUCAAGAAGGACGCGACUACUUUCCAAUGCUGCUUCGAAAACAAAAAUUACCGAAAAAUUGGAAAGACAAACCCGUAACCUAUCCAUCGAUUUGUAUGGAACAAUCCGACCAUGAAGUAUCGGAGUAUUACUCCCCCAAGGAUUUGCUCGUCGGCGGCACGAUCUUCGUGUACGGACGAAAAUUUCUUCUGCUUGGCUGCGAUCGCUUCACGCGAAAUUACUACGAACGGAUUCUUAAAAUCGUCCAGCCGGAUGCGGUUCGAAUGGACAGUCCGGAGCCAAGAGCGCGACGCACUGCGCUUCCCAUCUAUCUGGGGCUUGGCACGCCGGAAGAUUCUAUUGCGUCCCACCACAACCUCGUUCCGAAGCAUCCGCGAAAAGAUUUAGUAACUUAUCUGAUCAACAUGAACAAAUAUUUACGCUACGGAUGCAUCCUAGACAGUGCCCAUCCGGAGGAUUCAAUUCGGAGGUUUGUACUCAGCCUGUCGCUUGCGGACGGAACCAUUUCCAUUAUGGAGUCCAAAAUUCGCAAUUCAGGUAUACGCGGAGGAAGGUUUCUUUCACCUACCAAAGUUUGGAAACCGGACUGCGAUCCAAAUGCACCCGAGUACUACACGGCGCGGGAUUUCUACAUUGACACAAUUAUCACCGUUCACUCGCACAGAUUCAAAAUCAUCAGCGCCGAUCUGUACGUGUACCGAUAUAUGCAAGCUCACCCGGAGAUGUUUGCUCCGAAUGCCAUUGAGACGGUACGAGCCUAUCUGCUUUCGCAGGGUCAUCUCAAAGAAGAUCUUCAAAAGGCCAUCGCAGAGGAUCGUGAACGAUUUGGGUGCCCAGAGGUGCAAACAGAAGAGUCCGGUGUUGGGGAAGUCGACAAACGGCUGCAAGGAUUUUCUAUGGACGAAAAGGAACAGAAAGAAAAACCACGUCCAACGGUUCAUUCAGAAACCCACGAUUGUCCAUCACCAGUCAUACCGGACGAGGAAAUCAAAAAAACAUAUCACUCCAACGAAGGACAGGAACUCCAUCAUCAGGGUCAGAUAGAAGGGGAAGACGUGGUUAAAGUUGGCAAAUCGGUUCGAUUCGAAGACUGUUGUUAAUUGCAGCAGAACUACUCACCUAAUCCUUAUCAAAUUUAGUCGCAGGGAAGCACUUUAUUAGCAGAAAAACACUCUGGGAGUGAGUGACUAAUGCACUCUAUAUUGGAUAAAUUGAGCACGAUUUAAAUACAGAUUUAAUAUUGUCUUUUUCUAUUCAGCUUUAAGCACAGGAAAAUUUAAUAAACAAAUACGAACGGAGGACAACUUAUACGGGAGCCGGUAAAAUAAACGAAAACAAAAUACGCAAAGCAACAGCUGACUU